CCGCGCUCACCUCCUGCCGUCCGCUCAUUUACUCCCUCGUAGAGGCCUCUUCAUACAACAACAACCCAACCCUGCCCUUUCAGAUUACAUAGUCCACCAUGUCCACCGCUCAUAGGCCGACAUGGGAUCCCGCGCAGGCAAAGGAUGUGAAGGGAGUUUCGCGGCAGUUCUCCGUGCGCGACAUGGCGUCGCAUACGAAGCUGAAGUUCCGACAAGCUGGCCAGACAUCCCAGGACGAAGUGAAGAAGCGCGACCUGCGCGCGGAACUCUUCGCCGCGGAGCUCGAGGCGAAGAACAAGAAGCGCAAGGCGGAGGGGAAGCCACCGCUGGCGAUCGAGAGCGGCACGAGCGAGACCGGGCAAGACGAGGAGUCGAACAAGCGGCGAAAGCUGCUGCAGGAGGCGCUGGAGGCGGACAAGGACAGCGACGAGGAGGAAGAAGGCGAGGAGGGGGAGAAGAAGUCGAAGGCGGGCGACGCGGAGGAUGAGGAUGAGGAGGAUGACAGCGACGAGGACGAAGACGAGGAUGACACGGACGAGCUGCUGCGCGAGCUGGAGAAGAUCAAGCGGGAGCGCGCGGAGGAGAAGGCGCGGCAGGAGCGCGAGCAGAGCGCGACGGACGCGGUCGCGCGCGAGGCGGAGAUCGCGACCGCGAACCCGCUGCUCAACCUCGCGGCCGCGCUCGGCCAGCAGCAGCCGCAAGGCCUCAACACGACCGCGCCGGGCUCGUUCGCGGUCAAGCGGCGGUGGGACGAUGACUUGAUAUUCAAGAACCAGGCUAUGGACACUAGGGAUAAGAACGACAGGGGAUUCGUGAACGACCUUUUGCGGACAGAGUUCCACAAGAAGUUCAUGGCCAAGUUCAUCAAGUAGACUGUAUCCUCCACUUGUAUUCUAUGUCUUCACAUCUUCAUGCGUCAUAUCAUCCUC